CACAACUCGUCAGCUUUGUGUAUGGACUCAAAGAUUAGGUGUAACUGAAUUCUUACAGUCGUUAUAUGGGUUUCAGAGGGAAGGAAUACACCUUUUCUUGCUCUCACAAAGAAUCAUUGUUUAACUCUAUGUCCCUCAAGAAGAUAGUAUAUUUGACCAGAGGCUGGAUAACUAGUAGCUUUGAGGUUAUUUGAGGACUUUGUUGUGCAUUUCUAUUGGAGGAUUGAGAUGUAUGACCCAACUCUGGUUAUAUGUACAGUGCUGCUCAGCAUGAUGCCCACUAUUGAUGGAGGGAAGAUUCUAGUGUUCCCAUUGGAUGGGAGCCACUGGGUGAACAUGAAAGUCCUCAUCGAAGAGCUACACUCUAAAGGCCACGAGAUUACAGUGAUACGGCCUGAAGAUAACUGGUACAUUAAGGAGAAGUCCUCUUUCUACACAUCUAUCACCAUUCCCAACACAGGUGGAUUUGAAGAGGAAUUCUUUUCUACAUUUGUGUCCCGACAACUGGAUAUACAAAGACAAGGAUUGUCUUUUUGGUCCCAGAUUUGGUCUCGUAUCAAAAUUGAGAUGGAGGUACACGAGCAGUUCUUCAAGUUUCACAAGAGGAUGAGUGAAAUGGUUGUUGAGAUAUUUGAAAACAAAGAACUCAUUCAAUUUUUUCAGAAAGCCGAGUUUGAUGUGGUCUUAACAGAUCCGGGCAUCGGAGGGGGAACAAUGUUGGCUCAUCGUCUCUGCAUCCCUCUUGUGUACAAUGUCAGAUGGACAAUUCAAGGUGAAGCUCAUUUUGUUUCUGCGCCAUCACCUCUCUCAUAUUGUCCUUUCACUGCAACAAAACUGACUGACAAGAUGACUUUCCCUCAAAGGGUUAUAAAUGUUUGGGCUUCUACAAUGGGGACUUACGUGAUGGCCUCCAUAACUGAACCUAAUUAUAAACCGUUAGUCCACCGCUACUUUGGUCCUGAUGUAGAUUAUUCAUGGUUUUUACAGGAAGCUGAUAUCUGGCUGAUGAGGAAUGAUUUUGUCUUUGAGUUUCCUCGUCCUACCAUGCCAAACUUUGUUUACAUUGCUGGAUUUCAAUGCAAGCCUGCCAGGCCCCUGCCUCAAGAUCUAGAGGAGUUCGUCCAGAGCUCCGGGGAGCAUGGACUCAUCGUGAUGUCCUUAGGUACGAUAGUGGGACAGCUUCCUUUGGAUGUAACUGAGGAGAUUGCAGCGGCUUUUGCUGAAGUCCCCCAGAAGGUCAUCUGGAGGUACAUUGGACCAAGACCCAUUAACCUGGGUAACAACACCUUACUUGUGGACUGGCUGCCACAGAAUGACCUGCUAGGACAUCCCAAAACGAGGCUCUUUGUAGCCCAUGGAGGCACAAAUGGUGUUCAGGAGGCCAUCUACCAUGGCGUUCCCUUGGUGGGACUGCCUCUCGUUUUCGAUCAGCCAGAUAACCUGUCCAGAAUGAGUGCAAAGGGAGCUGCUGCUAUAGUGGACUUUUCCACAUUAGACCGCAACACCUUCCUGUCAGCCUUAAAGGAAGUCCUAUACAAGUCAUCUUAUAGGGAGAAUAUGCAAAGGCUUUCUAGGCUGCACAGGGACCAGCCAAUCAAACCACUGGAGCGAGCUGUGUUCUGGAUCGAGUAUGUCAUGAGACAUAAAGGUGCUCCUCACCUGAGGACACAGGCCAGCAAACUGUCCUGGAUCGUGUAUAACUCUGUGGAUGUAGUCGUGACUUUUCUGGGAGUGAUGUUGUUUGCGACCCUAGCAGGCAUUUCAAUCAUAAGGUUUUUCUGGAAAGUUCUUUUUUGUACGAGGAAAGUGAAACAUGAAUGACAAAAUCAAACCUGUGGUCAUUGACAGAGAAAUAAAAACAGGGGCAGAAUGUUGCCUUUUGACAUAUUAGUGUAUUCUCAUAAUACAAUUAAUAAUAAUACCAUAGAGAUAGUAGAUAAUAGUAGAGGGGUAAUCAAAAAUGAUGAGUAUGAAUUCAUCACACCAUUGUUAUUGAACCAGGGUUUCUGUUGGUAAAAUUGUUUAAAUUGUGCGUGCUUAAUAUUCGGAUCUGUCAAUAUCUCCAUGAUCAUCAUUUGACAACAAUGGAAAGGAACUGUACUGCAAAGGUAAUGCAUCUUUAUACCGUUUUGUUUAUAAUGAGCUUAAUUGUGUGACAAUUGAAAUGCAGCACAAAAUACCAUAUGUCAUACAAAUCUUGAAAGAUAUAUUC